AUGCCUCUCACCGGACAUUGUCUCUGCAAGGCGGUCACCUACACGGCCGAUGUGGAUGCGCCGCUCGUCACCGGCUACGAUCACUGCGACGACUGCCAACGCCAGAGCGGCUCAACCUACUCACUCGUCGCCGUCGUCCCCAAGGACAAAUUGACCAUCAAGGGUCCCACCAAGAGCUGGGCCAGCAAAGGAAGUUCCGGCAAAGCCGUCCACCGCAUCUUUUGCUCUGAAUGUGGCUCCCCCAUUGCGCAUGACCCGGACGCGGCGCCGGAGAUUAUCGCCUUGAAGGCGGGCACCUUGGAUACGGAGAUCAAGAAGACGCUCAAGCCGGACACCGAGAUCUGGACGCAGAGCAAGUUGCCCUUCUGUCAGGAGCAUCUCGCCAAGCCGUUCGAGGGUAUGCCCCAGUAA